AUGUCUUUCCCAAAUAUUUGGAAUCAUAGAAAGGUAGCUGAAACCUCAGCCAAAGCAUGUGAGGUGUGCUUCAAGCCUAGUACUAGCGUGCUCAUAACCCCAGACAAUAAGGAUUUCUUUUAUGUCUGCCCUGGUCAUUUGAAAGAUAGAGGAUUCUGCUCCCCUAUCAUUGAUCAUGAUGCCAUCGCAGCCAAGAAGAAAAAGGAGAUGGAAGAUGAAAUUGAACGGGUGAAGAAAGAGUACGAGGAGAAGCAACGCAAGAAAAAGGAGAAGGAGUCGGAAAAAUCCAAGAAGGAAAACGAAGAGAAGGGAACUAAAGAGACUGAGAAGAAAGAUGAGCCAAGCCCUCAAGCCAAGGACAAACCGGAUGAAAAGACUCCAUUAAAAGCAGAAGAAGAACCCCGGGUAUUUUCAUUGCAAAAGUCUUUAGUUAUCCCUCUGCUCAACCACUGGCUGUCAAUACUGAUGACAUGCAGGACCUUCUACCAACAACGACUGGACAGAAAACGCGCGGCUGAGGUGGCCAAAAGGAACCGAGAACGUCUAAGCAAUCCCAACUACUUUCCCUCCGUCCCCAAAGACCCCUUGUGA